AACAACCCACAGCCGUGUUUACAUGGGCCCGACUUGACGUUUGGAAGGGUUUGUUGUGGUCCUUGUCCAGAUAAUCACUACUGUACUUAUAUACCUGAUCUGGCUUUAACACCGAUGUAAGACAUGAAGACAUCCAGGGAGCUAUGGAGAGUGGACUCUGUGCUUUGAGCGACCCCGCAGAGCUCCAGACGCUGCUCUCCAGCACCGAGAACACGCUGCACUUCCAAAGGUCUAAGACACUGUUUGAAGAGAUCCGCGCCUCCAUCAACAACAAUGACGAGGAGGACCGCUCCUUCUGGAGGCCCGUGCUGCCCUGGGGGGGCGUCUUCACCAUCAAGGCUGGACGCAAAGCCAUAUCCUGCACCCCUCUGUACGUCCAGAUCAACCUGAAAAACACCUGCACCAUCGACGGCUUCCUCGUCAUCCUGUAUGUGAUCCUGCGGGACAACCACGGCUUCCCCCGGGAGCUGGCUGUCUUCCUGGGGAAGCAUUUUGUGGAGUAUUUCCUCCGCCUGAUGGACUCCUGCGACUACACCACCGUGAAGAUGCUGUGGAUCUGGGACAGGAUGUCCAGGAGACAGUACCGAUCCCAGAUACGCAAGGCGGCGCUGGAGAUAGACCUGUUUGGGAACGAGCACGAGAACUUCACGGAGAACCUGGAGGACCUCAUGUCCACCAUGCAGGAGAGUCUGUGCACCAGCUGGAGCUGCCCGGCCCGCUACCAGGAGUUCAUCAAGACCACCAUCAACAUCAGCCCUCCUCACGAGCUGCCUCACAGAGACCCCAUUCAGUCGGCCGCCGAUGAGUUUUUCUGCCCCAAACUCCUACUCUGCUCAGAACUGGGGUGUGAUGGUCUAAGAGAGUUCUCUCAGAGGGUUUUCUGCCACGGACCCCCACCCUUUGUCAUCCUCAACAUGCAGCAGUGGAGGUCAGAGGAGCUGUCCUACGUUCCCUACCAUCUGGCUCUCUGCCAGCACAGGUACUUACUAGAGGGCGCCACCCUCUUCAACAAGGAGGAGCACCACUACUCUGCAGCCUUCCAGAUAGAUGGCUGCUGGAUGCACUAUGACGGCCUGAGGAGUGACAAUCUGAUCCUGUUGCACAAGCCACCAGAGCUCCUGCUGCUGUCCUCUCUGGUCUACAUCCGCGCCUCCGACAAGUAAACUUGUCGUAUCACAAGAGGACUCACAGAGGAGCAGGAGUCGGACCAUACGUUCAUCUACCCUUCCUAUGAUUAUGUUGCAUUAUAUUGUUGUAACCAUGUUUCUCUACUUAUAGCAUAGUUCAAAAAAACAUUUCUUUUUCAAUUUCUGUCAGCUGUUGCUUCCGCUGCAAGUGCUGAAUGACACAUCCUCCAUUUCACCUGAACGGUUGCAGAAAGCUUACCGUGCAAAAUGGAAACUACUUUUUUGGGGGAACAUGCUUGGAAUCCAAGAAUAUAAUGGACUAUAAUAGUUCUGGGUUGAUUUGCAUAAAUGACCUGUAGCAGUGAGUAAUGCACAUCACAUGCAAACGCAGUUGCCUGACACACAAGAGAUAUUGACGUCAUUUAAGCGCCAUGGUUGUUAGAUGGAUUACACUCUGAGGGUGCUUUUGCUAUCAAGCAGCCUUGUAUAGGAGAUGAGACUGGCUGUAUACAUUUAGGCAUUUUAAUUGUACAUGUAUACAGAUCAACCCUUUCUUUUAAUUAAACUGGUGCUUUCUUUAUUUACACUGUGAUCUGAGGAUUAGAAACAACCUUCGCCAAUGACAGGAUGACUUGUUUUUUCUUAAGAUGCUUGAAUUGGAGGCAAACAUUUAUUACAAUGAAUAAAUGUUAAAAUACAAAGUUCUUAAAGGGGGCAUAUCAUGGAAAAAAUAUCUUUCCAGUAAUUGUGCACAUACAUUUUGGAUUUCAGCUGGUUACUCAAAUUUUUUAUAUUUGUGCUGCCUUGAUCGUAAAAUGUAAUUCAACAAGCGUUCACUUUUAAAAUAUAUAAAAGUUGAGGGCAGUCUGAAAUAUCUCUUUUUUUUUGACAAGGCUAAAUAAAAUUGUCCAUACUGAUAAAUUCAAGCAUUUUAACACUAGCUCAGCACACAUGGCAGUCACCAACACAGGAAAUCGUUUUUAACCUUUAAGAAUAACUGGGUUCACACAGUGCCUCUGCCAAAGAAAGUUUGUGAAAGUGGAUCCUGUCGAGUGUAAAUCCUUGAUCAUGAAAAGUUUCAUUGUUUCUUUUCUAUGCAGAGUACAAAUACAAAUAUUUUGGAGUACGCUUGUAUUGUUUUAUUUGCUCCACUUGCAUUGCAUGGAUGUGUGUAACAAGAGCCACAUAAAAGCAGACGGUACCUUUUAAGGCAGGCAUUUAUUUUAAACUGGGUACAACUGCACCACACAAACUGACUAAAAUGUAUGUAAAAUGUCUUCAAUCAAAACAUGAUCAAAUGUGAAAAGCUACUUUUUCUACACCUAAAGGUUAUCUUGUACUUCCAGUAUUAAUCCACAGGAUAUAAAAUUUCAAGAUCAUCACCUUAAUUCCAGACACACAAUGGAAAAUGUAAAAGAAGCAGAGUGGUCAUUUGGCUAACAUUGACAUCAGUUUCAAAGGAUUUUUUUCUUUCAGACACAAACAUUAGAGUGGCAGUCCAUUGCAGACCAGGUGUUAGUCAUACAUCUGCUUUCUUUGAACAAGCACUUUGGUGAGAGUGGUGGCAAAAACAUGACAUUGGUUAGGCCAUAAUGAAAAUGCAUACAAACUCAAUUUUAACAUCCCUUCUUUUUGCAGAUUCACGUUUGCAGAUUUUCAUCAGCAUCUCUCCAAAACUCAUUAAAGUAGUAGUUAAUAUACAUCUCAGAAAAAGUCAUGACUGUACAUAACAUUGAUGCUAGGUGAAUCAUGGCUGCAGCACAUAAUUACGCCUGCGUGAUUUGUGCUGUGGCUGUUUAGUGAUUAACAAAAUCUAGUACAACAGACAUAAUUAGCACACAAAAAUCAGGUUACAGGACAUAAAACAGUACAAAUUAUAAAUACAAAAAUAGUAAUUCACAACUUUUCUAAAAUAAAAUGACAUAUUUGCAGAAAUACGCUUGGGUUGCUUAUGCGUUACUCUUUCUAAAUAAACUAGAAAUCGAAAAAGGAAAGUACUCUAUAUGGUGAUGCAAACAAUCUGCAACAAAAUUAAAUGUCUCACCAAUUUGCAAGGCAAAUAUCAUUUAGGUUCUCGUCUAUAGUAAUGAUUUCCCUUAUCGUUUCACAAACACAACCAGUUUAGAGUACAAGCAGAAGACGUCUUGUUUAACAUUCACAAGACUUUUAUAUGUGGUGAAACUAGCUGAAUUUUUAUAAAAGGUGUUUACUUCGUGUUGGCCAUUUAUUAUAAUGAAUGCAAUAAUUGUGAGCAAUCCAUCUGUAUCGACCAAAAUAAACAUGAGCCUUGUACAAAUGAACCAGCAUGCACAAUAAAAUGUCAACACAAGACACAGUCUGGUGGGAUGAGGCAAAGUCAAUAGUACCAUUUGAUGUUUCAUCAGACGUCCACCUUACCAGCCAACAGUGUGAAUCAACAGACAUGCCAUGUUGGGUUUCUGUUACAGCAAUAUGAGAUGCCUUGGCUUUUUAAAGAGACAAACACACGUAGAUAUUCAUCCACAGAGAGAACAGAAGUCUUAUUGCAUUAUCUAAAUGCCAUUAUCCUAAAUUAAAACAUAUGUACAAAUUACAAUAUGUAUCAAAUAGUUUGGUAAGUGCAAUGCAGAGCUUGGUUAAAGUUGCCACUUAUGUGGGAACGUCAGUGCACAAAGCAACUCAAACUAGACUUGAACAUUAAGUGACUC